UGAACACGCUCGUUUUCUCACAGCAGAAGACGAACAACACUUCCUGGGCCGCGGGCCCCCGAGCGGCGGCGAACGAACGAACAAAGCCGACGCGCACGCGCCGCUGACUCCUCCCCCAACACCCCACCCACCUUCUCCGUCUUCUUCCUCCUCAGACCAACGGAGCCGACCCGAUCCGGUCAAAAUCCAGACGACUCACUGCUUCCUCCGCCCUCCCUCCCUCCCGCCCCGAUCCCCCGCCAUGGUGUGCGUGGCGUGCCUGAUCCCGCUCUUCCUCAUCCCCUUCGUCAACGCGCUCCCCUACCUCUUCGACCUCCUCCUCAGCAAGGUUUAUCGCAUGCUUGGAUGGGAAUACAGGAGGCCCGAGAGAGUCCCAGCUGCCUGCCCGUUCAAGCCUGCAGCAAACAAGACUGAAGGUGUGGCGGGUGAAUCAAAACCAGUAGCAAAUCCUCAUGUUGCAAGUGCAAAUCCUCUGGUGGAACCCCAGAGUGCUACCACAGAAAUGAAGAAAGAUGAUUAGAACAUGUAACGCUCGCCCGAUUUGACUUAUGUGAACAACUCUCACUAUUUGUAUUUGUGACUGCGUCGUAACCGAGAAAUAAUUAAUGUAAGAUUGUAUAUUUGGGCAAGGGAUUGCUAAAAUAUUCCGCUUUCAGCA